GAUCCAUCCUGGACCAGGUGACGGGGGGCCCCCCGGACGGCCGCCGCUUGUACAGGUUCCGCCAGCUCCCGAGCCUGGACGAAAUCCUGGAGCGCGCGGCGGAGUGCCGCGAGACCAUGCUUGGCCGUGGCCAGCGGGAGUUCGAGGGUGCUGAGCGAGUGAUGCUUCCCGACGGUGUUGAGCGACCUGGCCGAGAGUAUUUCCCAUGGUUGAUGGGAGAGCGACCUAGGGUGCUGGCGGAACCGCUGCCAGGGAUGCCCGUCGGCACGGUGGUGGACCCCCUGCCCGAGGGGGUGGUGCGCGCCGUCAGCCAGGCGUCGGCCGGGCUCGCUGGAGUCGGCCACUGGGCGCGGCUGGAGCAGGUGGAUGCGGACAGCAUCGUCGAGUGGGCUGCUGAUCGCCUGGAGGAGCUGCGAGGGCUGCUUGGAGCCGCCCCCGUGCCGGCGCCCGCGGGGUCCGUGGUCGGCGGCACCGAGGCCCCUCCGCCCCGGGCGCCAGCGGACCACCCUGGCCCCGACCACCUAGCGGCCAAGCUGGGUCUCGCUGAUGAGUCGGAUGCUCGGCGAGAGGCCGCGCCCGAGGAGCCCAACAGUGACGUCAGAACGCUCUGGGUCGACUGGGACGAGCAGGGCGAGAGGAGGAAGGACUUCCGCCGCGCUGUGGCCGAGAGCUCGAACGUGGAGUGGGACCACCAUCGCCUGCCCUCAGAUCGGACGUGCCUCCACACGUGCAAGAUCAUGAUGAACUUGAACGGCUCUCCUCGGGCCUGGCUGGAACGUUUCCUGAGGGAGAAGGGGAUGCCGUCCACGGACAGGGUGGCCCACGAGCUCAGGGUGCUCUGCGACAUCCUGGAGGAGGCUGGAGAGUUCGACCAGCUCAACUUAGGCUUGCGCUCACACGUGUCGAGGCGCGCCAAGGAGGAGUGCGAGCUGCUGCAGGGUGACAAGGAGGCCGAGGCGGUCGCGGCGCGUGAGCACGAAUUGGCGAGUGGCGCGAUCGACUCUCUCAACUGGCUUGCUGGCUGGGAGCCGGCCGACGCUGGCCAGCCGCGCCCCUUGGACUCCAUCUGGGGCAAGCAUGCUGGGAUUGCGCAGUGGGUGGCAAGCGAAGCUCUUCGGCGUCGGGCCGCAGCUCCCAGCCCCUGUCCGUCCCGCGAGGCGGCGCUCAGUGCGUUGCUCAAGGGGUGCUCGAUCUACGACGCAUCGGGCUCCCCGAGGAACCUGGCCUUCUUCGUCCGUGACCGCGUGUCCUUGCCCCCGUCGAUUGUCGGCUGCCGCCAGCGCAUGAGGCGGCCGAUCCACGAGAUCGAUUUUGACAGCUUGCCGACUCCGCAUUUUGACCCGCUGCUGAAGCAGAACAAGAAGAAGUACCAUAGUUUUUUGAAGGAUCUCACGUCACGAGGUCUCCUGCUGGCAACUUUGACGCCUUCUGAGCAGGCGGGCUUCUUUUUCGUGAAGAAGUCUGACGGGCACAAGAUGCGCAUGAUAGUGGACGCCCGACGUGCCAACGCCUGGUUCAACGUGCCGCCCAGCGUGCAGCUCCUCUCCUGCGAGGGCUUCGGGCGCGUGGAGGUGAGGCCCCCCGGGGGCGUGGCCCUCGGCUCCGCCCGCGCGGAGGAGCUGCUGGGCAAGUUCAGGCUCUUUCUUGGGAUGACGGACGGUAAGGGUUGCUUCUACCGCAUGCGGAUCCCCCUGAACCUGGCGAAGAGCUCGAUGGGGGCUCGCCUGGGACCGGACACCCUGGUCGUUCCGUGCAUCGGCGCGCUCCCCAUGGGCUUCUCGGGGUCGCUCUUCCUGGCGCAGGAUGCCAACGAGGAGAGAGUGGUCAGCUCGAACCCUUGGCCGGGAGGAGAUAUGACGAUCUCCGAGAGGCUGCUCAUGAGCGACCGAGGACCCUCGCUGGUCAUGGACGUCGAACCUGGCCGUGUUGGAGGGGCCUACGUGUACGUCGACAACCUAGGCGUCAUCACCCCGUCGGAGACCACCGCGCAGGAGAUCCUCGACCAGUGGGCGGGGCUUUUGGAGGGGGUCGGCCUCGACCUGCACAAGAGCUCCGUGACCUCGGGCGCGUGCGGGGCUCUGGGGACCAAGCUGGACCUCGAGCUGAUGAGAUCGGGCGUGAGCGACGGCCGCUUCUGGGAGGUGUACAUGGGGCUGGGCGGCCUGCUGGCGCGCGGCCGCGCGACGGGGCGAGCCCUGGAGGUGGUGCUCGGCCACUGCACAUUCUGUGGGCUUGCUCUGCGGGGCUCGUUGAGCUGCUGGCGCGCCUCCCACCGCUUCGUCCAACGGCGCUACCUCGAGCCCGCUCGCUUGUGGCCCGAGGUCGUGAAGGAGGUGGAGAUGUUCCGCGGCUUGCUCGUGCUGCUGGUGCAGGACUGGUGGCGCCCUUGGAACAGAUGCGUGCUCCAGACCGACGCCAGCGAGAGCGGCUGGGGCAUGGCGCAGUCGUUCUGGCCGCUCCGCGUGGUGGAGGAGGUCGGCAGGCUGCCCGAGCGGGCCCGCUUCCGCUCCGCGCAGGGAAGGCCUGCGCGAGAGAGCGCGCUCGCAGCCGCCAGCCUGGCCCAGGGUAGCUCGGGGGUGAUCCGCAGCGUCGAGAGUCGGCUGCGGGGGCUCAGCGCGCUUGUGGCCCGGGAGCCGCCGCUGCCGUCGGGCGAGAGGCUCCCUCGGACAGCGCUGGGCUCGCGGGCGCUGACGGCUAGACACGUGGCGCGCCGUGCGCGGGCUGGCCCGAGGGGCGCCCAGACGCCGGCCGCCCCGCCUGCAGCUGGGCGCCGACGUGCGCUGGUGCCGGCCCCCUCUGCUGUGCCAGCCAGGGUUGCACGGGCGGGGCGGCACUUCUCGGCGCUGGACGACAGGGGCGCCAACGGUCAGGACCUCGCUGGAGACGGAGGGGGGGCCGCCGAGGGCGACAGCAGCUCCAGCGGCUCCAACUCGGUGAUCGAGCACCUGGGGCGCGGCCGCGUGCGGAUGCGGCAUCUGCGCGCUCGGAGGGCGCAGAGGCGUGCGAAGCUGUGCGCCGACGCGAUCCUUGCUGCUCAGGAAGCUGGGGUGAGCCUCCUGGAGACCUUGGCCGUGACGCGGCCGACGCAGGUGAGGUACCAGCGUUACUUCGAUCUCUUCUACUCGCGUGUCGGCCUGAAGCGGGGGGACAUCCUCGCGAAGGCCGACACAGAGAUCGACGAGCUGUUCUGCAACUACUUGACCGAGAAUUACUUGCAGGGCGAGCAGAGAAGCUAUGGGGAUCAGACCAUGGCGGCUGGGGGCUUGGAUGCAGUGUUCAGACGACUGGGCUCGGCAGCCUCGAAGGAGCCGCUGUGGAAUUUCGACUGCCCCGAGGCGUCGGCCCUGCUCAGGGAGGCGGCAGAGGAUCUCGGAAUCGCUCCCGUCACUCUGCAUCAGAUGAGGCACUCGGGGGCCAGCGUCGACCUGGCCAAUGGAUGGCGCAAUCUCACUUCGACUCAGAGGCGGGGCGAGUGGGCCCAAGCCAAGUCCGUGCACCGCUACGAGCACAGUAGCAUGCUGGGGAGCAGCUACGCGAAGUUGGCGCCAGCUCUGCGUGCAGUGCGCGAACAGGCGGAGAGGCAGUUGACCCAGAUCUUGACGGGACAGCCCCUCAGCGUGCGUCCAGGGCAAAACUGA